GCGGGCGCGGCGGGAGUAGGAGCGGGCGCAGCCAUGUGCUCCGCCCUGCCCAGCCCCGGCAGUUCCGUUACCUUGCGCGUCUCCUUCGUAGAGGUCCACCCUGAAGUGCCGUUGGUGAGGCUGUGGGGGCUGCCCGUGGAGCGCAGAGAGGAGUACUUGCGGCUGACGGAGGACAUCCAGGUGAAAGUGGGGCCCCGCCUGGCGAAAACGUCUGGGAACGGCGGAGGCCGAGGGGACGGCGGCGGCCACGCCCUGGCCCUGGCUCUGGGCGACCUGUGUCUGGUUGAGCUGGGCGGGCGGUGGCACCGCCGCCGUUUCGUGAGCCGCCGGCCGAAGCUGGGGCAAAACUACCGCGUCUUUCUGCUGGACGAGGGCCGCACGGUGACCGCCGGCUCCUACUACUUGGCGCGGGGCCGCAGCGAACUCUUCCACUUGCCGUCCGAAGUCAUGGGUUGCAUCCUUGCGGACUUGCUCCCUCCCGGCGGGAUCGGGGCAUCCUCAACCGCCGCUCCUUGGGGCUCAAAGAGCUUAAUCCCGCUAGGAUCCCAGAUACUGAACUUAAGCUGGGCAGCUGAUGCCAUCGAGUUUUUGGGUGUCCUGCAUGGCAAAGAGGUGUCCGGCCUCAUCCGAGAAGUGCUGAUCCCGCAACGCCUUGUGGUGCUGGAAGUGCCCUGGCUGCUGACACAGAUGUGCCAUCUUGGGCUUGCCAGCCACGUUGCCUCUAGUGCUUUUUGUACCCUGCUGAGCACCACCUUAGGAGUUACUGGGAUUGCUUCUGUCCCAUUGGAGCCAACUUCCACUUUGUCCCAGUCCCCAAUCUUUACUGCUGCUGCCCAGUCCCAGCAGGGUCAUGUCACAAUGGAUUUCUUCUAUCCUCAACUGGAGUUGAAUGUGACUGAGCCUGUGGUGGUGACUCAAAUCUCUGAUCCGCACAGAAUAUAUUGCCAGCUGCGUAGUCUUUCUAAAGAGAUCCAACUACUUUCAGAUGCUAUGUACCGAGAUUUUGAGGCAUCAAAAGGAAAAUACGUGGAAGAGUCUUUACCCACCCCAGGUUAUCCCUGUGCAGCCCGGGGCAUAGAUGGAUGCUGGUAUCGAGCUUUAUUACUAGAAAUAUACCCUGCAGGUGAUCUAGAGGAUCAGCCAGGGGCAGUGGCUCAAGUGAUUUGUGUGGAUUAUGGCAGGAAAGAGUUUGUGACAAAGAGAAACCUGCACAACUUGCCUGCUGAAUAUUUCCGCAUGCCAGUAGUGACCUACCCUUGCUCGCUGCAAGGUAUUACUGAUGGAGGCUGUGGCUGGGCCCAUUCACAAAUUAGUCAGCUUAAAACAUUGCUCUUGGGCAAGGUAGUACAAGCCCACAUUGAAGCUUAUUGUCCCUUUGAGCAUCUCUAUUAUGUUACUCUAUAUGGGGAAGAUGGUCUCAACCUUAACUGUCUAUAUGGGGUGCAGGCACAUUGCCUGGCUCAGAGUCUCUUGCAUAGUAAUCAAGAAUACACCUCUGAUUUAAUGAUUGAAUCAGAAAGUCUGGGUGUCUCAGCCCAAAAGGAACUUGGUUCUUUGUCAGAGGCAUUGUCUGCUAUUGCUGCUGUCCCAUUUUCUGUUGUGCGUUUGAAGGCAGGCGAGUACCAUAAUGUUCAGGUGUCAUUUCUUCAAGACCCUUCAGCAUUCUGGGUGCAUUUGCAGGAACAUCAACAGCCACUUUGUCACCUAAAGUGGAACUUAAGUGACUUUUAUUCUCAGAGUAAGAAACUAGAGGGUAUUCUACUUGAGCCCAAGGUAGGAUCCCUAUGCUGUGUCAUGCUGAAGGAGAAUUCUUAUCAUCGUGCCCUUGUUACUAAAGUUCAGGGAAAAGGAAUUGUAGUGUAUUUGGUGGAUCGUGGAAACACUGAAAUAGUUGACUUGUAUAAGGUGAAAGAGUUGCUUCCCCAGUUCAGAGAGCUUCCUGCUGUGGCAGUCCGGUGUGCACUGGCUAAUCCUUUCACAGGUCGGUCAUGGAACCCAGAAGCUAUUGAUUAUUUUAGGAAAUCUGUGCUAAACAAGGAGUUGAUGAUCAAAGUUCUAGGCAUGCAAGGAGAUGCUUAUAUAGUUGAACUUUUUGAUAAUUCUCUGAUGGGAGAAAAAAAUUUGGGUAAAAUCAUGUCCCAGAGAAAGUACACGAAGCAUCAUGAGGUACUAGAAACUCUCCAGACAAUAUCAAACAGGCUGUUGGCAGGGGAUUGUGAAGGCAAGCCAAAGGGGUUAAGGCCUGUGAAAAUAACAUCAACAACAGAUGAAGUAGAAUACCCACAAAAACAUGAUUCUACAUCCUCUUACACAGUUGAAGUUUUGAAAACCAAACACCACUCCAGUGAGGGAGCUUUUUAUUCUGCAUCAACUUUGGGUGGCAGAGAAAAUUUAUCAUGUGAGAUGCAGAACUACUCUGAAAUAAAGGCAGGUGAAGGACAGCUUGAAUUUGGAAGUACAGUUGAUGUGAUUGUAACACAUAUAGAAAAUCCUAGUCAUUUCUGGUGUCAAUUAUUUAAGAAUUCCCAUGAACUGAGGAUACUUAUGGCUAAAAUUCAGGAUUAUUGCAUUCAUUCAGCGGAGCCUCAUGAUUGGCCAAAUCCUGUAUGUUUGGCUAAGUGUUCUGAGGAUAAAAAAUGGUACAGAGCUCUUAUCAUUAAUAAGGUUCAUUAUGCAGAAGAGGUUGAAGUCGCUUAUGUUGAUUAUGGAUAUAAAGAGCAUGUUUCACUGAAAAAUGUUCGUGCAACCAAAGCAGAGUUUCUGACGCUAAAAGCUCAAGCUUUCAGAUGUAGCCUUUACAAUUUAAUUCAGCCAAAAAAUCCAAACCCUUUUGUUUGGGAUAAGAAAGCCACUGAAGCUUUUCAUGAAUUUGUGGAUUCAGCAUCUAAAUUGGAACUGAAGUGUACUAUAUUUGCUUCAGCAGCAUUAAACAGUACAGAUCUUUUUAAUAUUGUUGACCUAAUUACCCCUUUUGAAAGUGUUUGCCAUUUUUUAAUAAGAAAGGGUCUAGCCACAUUUGUACAAACAGAGAAACCCUUGAUAACAUCUGUACAUCUUCUAUCAUACUAUUAUUCAAUGCACAAUAUCAAAAUAGGAAGUGAAGAGGUUGUUUAUGUCACACAUGUUAAUAGUCCCUGUCUCUUUUUCUGUCAACUUGCUAGGAACGCAAAUGCUCUUGAAAAGUUAACUAGUAACAUUAGUAAACUAAGCAAAAUGUGGCACAGUUUACAAACUUCACACACCUGUAGAAAUUUGUAUCUUGCAAAGUAUAUUGAUGAGUGCUGGUAUAGGGCGGUAGUGACUUCAAAAAAUGAUACCAAAGAGGUUUUUUUUGUAGAUUUUGGAAAUACACAGUUGUUAAAAAAUGAAGACCUGAUUGUAGUACCAAAUGAUGCUUAUGAGUUAAUGCUUUUGCCUAUGCAGGCUAUAAAAUGUUCUCUGUCUGAUACUGUUGAUCCAUCAAAAGAUGCUGUUGAGUGGUUUGAACAAGCAGUGUUAGAUAAGCCCUUAAAAGCUUUGAUUGUAGCAAAAGAUCCUGAUGGAAAAUUGCUAAUUGAACUAUAUGAUGGUAAAAUGCAGAUCAAUGCAAAACUGAAACAAAGUUUAGGUUUGCAGGCUAGUAAAGAGAUUACCAGAUACACAGAAAACAGAACUCUGUCUUCUAGAUACUCACUUAGUAGGGAAGAAAACAGUGAAAAGGAGCUAGCUUUGGUAGACUUUGUCAAACCUGUUUUUGAGAGCAAGACUAAAUAUAGUGCUGUUUUUGGAGAAGCAUGCCAAUUGCAGCAGAAAACUAAAAGUCAGGUAGCAAGAAAGUUCCUAGGGCUCACAGAAAGAUUUAGCAAAAGUAACUCUGUGGCAGAUAGGAAGGACAGGCAAUGUGUAGCCCUUCUUAAGAAAAGGGAGCGAUGUGAUAUUAGAAAUCAAUCUGAAUCUAUAACAUAUUCUUCACAUAAAAAUAUAUGUGAACUACCUCAAAAAAACAUAAAGGCUGGUCUUAAAUCUUUAGUGUAUGUUUCUCACAUAAAUAAUCUUUCUGAUUUUUAUGUACAGUUAGUAGAAGAUGAAUCUUUUCUUGAUAGUAUUUCAGAGAAAAUAAACAGUUCUAAAACAGUUUCAAGUUUAGCAGGGCAACAGCUUCAUGUAGGAGAUUUAAUAUGUGCAAUUUUUUUAGAAGAUGGCCUAUGGUAUCGAGCUGUAAUUAUUAAGGAGUCCACUAGUGAAUUGGUAGAGGUAUGUUAUAUCGAUUAUGGCAAUACUGCGGUAGUCAGCAUCCAUAAAACAUGCAGACUUGUUGAAGACUGUUCAUCUUUCCCUGUAAUGAGCAUCCACUGUACCCUGGGCAGUAUUAAUUCAGCAGAGAUUUCAGAAUGGACACAGGAAGCAAUGCUGUAUUUCUCCCAAAUGACAAGUGAGAUUCAAAUGAACAGUCAAUUUGUUGAGAAGGUAGAAGGCAAGUGGGAAAUAAUUCUCAGUGAUGAAAAAGGUGAUAUAAUUGUUGAUAUGAUUAAUAGUUGCCUUGCACAUCAAAAAUCUCUCCUGAUAGAGACAGCUGACAAAGGAGAAGACAAGACUGGCAAUGUAAACCUAUGUGAAGAUACUCUUUCUGAUAUGCACAGUAGACUUUCAGUUAGCCAAUCAUUUCUCUGGAAGACACCUAAGGUAGGUCAAACUGCAAAAGCCUUUUCAUUAGUUCCAAAGAGCCCAGAGUAUUUUUGGUGUCAGUUUGUUGAAAAUGAUAUUAGUUCAAUUCAAAGAAAGCUUCAGGAAGCUGGAGAACAUGCAAGAAUCCACGUUGAUGAUCUUAAAAAUGGCUGUCCUUGUCUAGCAAAGUCUAGUGAAGAUGAUUUAUUUCACCGAGCAGUUGUUAGCCAUAUAGAGGGAAGCUCCUUGACAGUAACUGAUAUUGAUCAUGGAACUGAGAAGCUUGUCAGUAUAGAAGUGAUCAGGCAAAUUCCUGAUGAACUAUUAAUACUUCCACCACAAGCAUUUUUGUGUUGCCUUUUUGGCUUUAAUUCUGAAAAAGGUUCAUGGGCUGAAGGAAUAAAUAAAAUUUUCUAUGAUAUGAUAGCCGAUCUUCCAUUAGAGAUUACAGUCAUGGACAAACUGAACCAUGGUUCUUUUGAAAUUCCCUUGUUUGUAGUUAAAUUGGAAUGUCAAAAGAUAAGUAUCAAUGAACAAAUAAAACACUUUUGGAAACAUAAUGAUGAAAAUGGUAAUUCAACUAUGGCAAAUACUUACAACCUAGAAGAGCAGAUUGGAAAUGCAGAGGAAGAGAAUUCAAAAUCUCUGCUAUUUGAAACUGAAACAUCUGUUUGUACAGUAAUGGCUCCAAAAGAUACUAGUAUUUUGGAAGAUGUAUGCUGUUGUCCAAAUCUUUUAGAGUCAGUAGAUAAGUCUUUUGGUAUGAGAGACAGUGUUUUAUCAGAAACAUUUCCUUCACAGCCAUCCAAGUAUCAACUCAAACACCACUUUAUCACCCAUGAAGUAUUUGAUACAGAGAGCCAGCAGACUACAUUUGAUACACUUAAUAAUGAAACAAACUAUUCUGGAAAAGGAAAAAAUGUAGCAGAUUCUAUGGGUCUUUCUGAAAUACAGGUUUCUACUUGUAAAAUCGAGGUGUUAGAAUAUAAUCCACUUGAAUCUCAGGGAGGAGCAGAAGACAAAGAAAUAAUACUAGAUAAUCCUGAAGUUCAGUUGCCUUUGGAUGAUACAAAGAGCUUGUCAGACUUUGUGCCCUUUGAAGUGCUUCCACCAUUAAAUAAUGCAAAGAACAUGCCAGACACGCUAGAGACAUUAAAAAUGCCCUCGUUUGAAGACACACUAGAGCCAGAGACCAUGGAAAUAAAAACUUACUACAAUGAGCCACAAGGGAGGUCAGAAUUGUGUUUACUUGAAUCACAACACAUGGAAGGACAGUCAGCACACAAAGUAGAAGAGAACACUUCACUAACGAAGGAUAAUGAAAAUUUAAUAUUAGAGGUGAUGGCACCUGAAGUGUUCCCUUUACUGACUGACAAAGCCAGUGAUAAUACACCAUUUUUGCAACAGUCUACUUUGUCUAUUCCUGCAGAUAAUAAAAUCCAGUCAUCAUUUUCAGAAACUAAAGUUAAACCACAAGAAUUCUAUUCCACUGAACGCCUUGUUGAAGAGUGUAAACUGGAAAAAAAGGACAAAAAUCCCAAUGUUACUGACGAGCAAACUCUGUUAGGAAAGAAUUAUGGAGAAACGCAGAGGACCAUGCAUGAAAGUUUUAAAGAGACUAUUUUUGUUGAAAAGGAUUCUUUAACAAAUAUACAACUAGAUGAAGUGAGAGUAGAAUCCUUAAUACAUGAUACAGAAAAAAAAGAAAAUAUUUGCAACUUAAUGGGAUUUGAUAUUGGUUCUGAAUGCAUGGUAUGGUCAGGUAUUCAGUGGUACAAGGCUGAGAUUUUAGGCAUAUCUGCUGAAGGUACAAAGGUUUUGAAUCUUUCAAAUGGAAAUGAAGAGAUAGUCAAUCCUAUACAUGUUUGGAAUGGGAUUCCUGAAUUGGAUUCAAAUCUUACUCAGAUAAUGUCCAAGAAUAAAAUGGAUACCUUGCAUUCUGUGCCAGCAACUUUCCUGGCAGUUGAAGUGGAAGAAGUUACUCUUGAUUCAGAUGACACCACCACCCUUUUGAGUUGUGACAGCACUGAGAGUACAGCUGAGCGAUGCUAAAUCAUUUUACAUUCAGAUUUUUUCUAAUUGAAGGCGAGAGUUUUAACAGGCAUGUCCUGCCCAAACCAGCAGAGCUUAUAGGAGUUUUUUUUACCUAUAUCCUGCAAGAAUGUUUGUCAUUAUUUUGUAUGAUGCACCUUGUUAAGAUUCAGGAACAAGGUUUUAGACUUGUACGGCUGUUCAUUGUCUUGCAAAUCUAAGAAAGUUUAAACUCUGGAGAUAGUUUUGGGGGAAAGUUGCAUAUUUCAUACUUUGAGUUUACUUCCAUUAAAAUAGCUUUAAAAAUGAUGUGGCUAUAUGGGAAGGUUUUGUGUGUUGUUAAUUUCCUUU